AUGCUUCUAAUUUGCAUCGCUUGCAUUGACCUCAUAUUGGCCACCAGGGCUCUGCCAAUGCCACUAAAUUACCCACCUGGAUCCGCGAUGACACCGAGUCCGGCUGCCGGCACUUUUCCCCUUUUCUGGCCCUCAUUCAUGCCAAUGAUGCCAGCUUUCUUUGUCGGAAUUUCCCCACCCGGGACCGAGAGAACGACCCUACCAACGAUCUACAUUAAAAUCACCAAUGACAACCAACAGUCCGAACCGUCGUCGUCGUCGCAACCUUCCCACCAGAACUCCUCAGAACCUCAGAGCAUGAACGGGGAGGGAGGCGGCCCACCUUCAACAUCUGUGCUCGUUCGGGUGGAGGACAGUAGGACAAAUCGAACCGCCAGCGGUCAACAGUACGCAACAGCCACUGCUGUCCCCGCAACUGUCAGGACCGAGUUCGUCCUGCCGGAACCGGGAACAAUUUCAGCCCUGCCAGUGCCAGCUCCAUCGCCGCAGGCCAACCCGUUGGCAGUUCAGCCCUCGAGUUCUGAAACCCGCAGUCUGAUCAUCCCGGCUCCGCCUAGUGCGAUAGAACAGCAGCCAGUGCCGAUGCCGACGGAGGCUGCCGCCCUCCUGGCGGCCCAACCACCGGUGGCCGCCCCUCAGCGCAGUCGGAAGAAGGCGUCCAGCAGUGCCGGGACCGCUGAGGAGCAGGCCGCGCUGGAACAACUAUUUCAGACCGCCCUUCUGGCAGAAAUGCUGCAUCAACUGCAGGCGGCUCAGAAUGGGGUUGUCGGCCCUCACGGCGGGCUGCCACAGUCCUCGGCAAAUAUUCAGCCUGCGUAG